GUGGCGUUGGUUGGAGAGGGUGAACUUGCACAUGCCGACGCGCUAGGUGCGACAUUCAGACCCCUGCUAAUGACGUAAGUACUAGAUGCGACCAGACGCACAACAAGGCCACAACGACAUGGUUACCGCGUGGCGAUCACCGUGUGUGGGAGAUCGUGGCUGAGCUGUUGCGAAGAUCUUUAAUAAACGUCAGUCCUUCCAGACAGCUUAAAAUACGCAAGAAACCUGAACCAGGUGCUCGAAUACCCCACACUCCCGAAACCCCGACACACCAUCAACAUCCGCCAUGGCCUCUUACUUACAAAAACUACGACCGAAACCAAAGCAGGAUGAUCCUACCAAGUUCAGAGAAACAGUGGUUCACAAUGCGCCCAAGACCGAGGAGGCACCUAAGUCCACCGGACCUGUUCCCUCACCACCGCCCGCACCCGCAAUCAGCGAACCGGCUGACGAGACAGGCGCCGAGCCAGUCCUCGACGAAGAAGACGAGAAAUUCCUGGAACGACUCGCAGCGAUUGCAUCUGAGCCUGAGGGUACCCCGCCGCCGCUACCUGGCCGCCCAGCCAUAGUCAUCGACGAGACUGGUCAACAGAAGGUCGGCAAGGAUGCACAGGCGGCGCUGAUGGACGGCGCAGACAAAAUUGCGCUCCCGAAGAGCCCGCCGGAGAAGAAGGCUUUCACGUCAUACUUCGCGCUCCCCAAGUUUGGCAAGAAGGCCGACAAGACUGAGAAGGAGAAGGACACCACAACCAAGGACAAGAAGGGCAAAGCCAAGGUCACGGAUGCAGAGCGCAACGAGCUCGCCGACAACCUCCUUGCCGCCGCCGCAAAGUCAAAGGCUGCAGAGGAAGCCGAAGUCGAAAAGGAGACUCAAGACCUUUCGAAGAUCUUGGAGGAACUGAACAUGUCAGCCAUAAACAAUCGCGUCUUCUCCUUCAGCAAAGAAUCCGAAGAACUCCUACAAAAGUUCACACUCGUCCUCAAAGACCUCGUCAACGGCGCUCCAACCGCAUACAACGACCUCGAGAAGCUCUUCACCGACUACGACAACCAGCUAAAGAAAAUGUACGGCGGCCUGCCCCCGUUUCUGCAGAACUUCGUCAAGAGCCUGCCCGCCAAAAUGACCGCCACCCUGGGCCCCGAGCUGCUCGCCGCCAGCGCCGAGAAACCAGGCUUCGACGCUAAGCAGCGCGCGGCCGGCGAGGGCAGCAAGACCAAGAAGAGCAAGAUCCCCGGCGUCCCCAAGAUCCCCAGCCUCAAGCAGCUGGUCUCGGCGCAGGGCGCGGUCGCCACGGCGCUGCGCAGCAUCGUGAAUUUCCUCAAGUUCAGGUUCCCGGCCCUGGCCACGGGCACAAACCUGAUCAUGAGUCUGGCCGUGAUGAUCCUGCUCUUCGUCUUCUGGUACUGCCACAAGCGCGGCCGCGAAGUGCGGCUCGAGAAAGAGCGUCUCGCUGCUGAGGCCGGCUCGGCUGAGGCCUCGGGCACGACCAGUGCGGUCGCCAGCGACGACGACUCCGUGUUCGGCGACAAGAAGGCGCGCAAGAGCAAGGCGACAUCUGAGCCCGUGCCGAGGGUGGGCGGCGAGCCGACGGAGCCGACGAUCAUCAGGGACGGCAAGGAGGAUGGGAAGGCGACGGUGGCGGAUCUGCCUGAUGUGUCGCAGUUGCCUGAGCCGGGGAAGGCGCCCAAGCAGAAGUGAGUGUGUAGACGCCGUGGUGGUCUCGUUUGGCUUAAAUUGCUGUCCCUUUGCGUAUACCCUGUUUCUGUCACGACGAUAAUGAGUUGUAAUAAAUGACGUUCCCAUGCCUUUGCAC